AUGGACUCAUCAGCUAGUACAAUCAGCGCGUCACCCCGGCUCCUGGACUCUGAUGAUGAGCCAACGUCUCCAUCCAUUACAGACCCUCGCUUCUCGCUCUCCUCGUUGACCCUGGAACCUACCGGCUACUCCGACCAAGAAUAUGAAGAUGAUGGACCUCCCUUUGCCGCGACUCCAGACCCUGGCGCAUCGCGCAGAAGGAGACGAGCGCGCGAAAGUAUGGGCUUGAUAGAGAAUGCAGAAGACUUUUCCUACUCUCCAAUCGCGGAUGGAAACACUUUUCGACUCGCUGUCCUUCAGCCUGGCACUGGAACAAGUCCAAUCGAAUGCCAGCUUGUAUCGGACGAUGUCAGGCAGCCUCAGAGAGCGUAUAAAUGUUUGAGCUACGCAUGGGAAUCCGUGAAUCGGGAGGCCGCGAUCAUGCUCGAUGGCUUCCGAUUUCUAGUCACGAAGAAUCUGCUGAAAGCUCUUCAGAGCUUGCGGAAGCCGCGUACGCCUGUUCUGAUCUGGAUCGAUCAAGUCUGCAUCAACCAAGAAGAUCUCGACGAGCGUGCGCGCCAGGUCAGCAUCAUGAAACACAUCUUCAAUCAAGCGCACAAGAUCUACGUCUGGCUGGGAGAAGGUGACACGCAGACAGAGAAACUUUUCGCGGCUGCAAAAAGAGUACGUCGCGGGGUGGAAAACAGUCCGAAGAGCGCGUUAAAUAAGAUCCUCGCGAACAGAGAAUUGCAGAAAGCGAUUCAAGAUCUGCUGCAACGCCCGUGGUUUUCGAGAGUGUGGGUGAUUCCAGAGGUACGAGAAUGCAGGCGCCAUUCCCCUCACUUGAUUCUAAGCCCUCGGCCCCCUCUUAAUACAUGACCACACCUGCAACAUUGGCUGACCUAGCGCUUCUUUGGGUGGCAGGUGGCAUUGUCCAGAUACACAACGGUCGUCUGCGGCCUGUCCUAUAUGACAUGGGAUGCUCUUGUACGUCUGAUCCGAGAUGUGCGGCCGCGGUCAACAUGUGGCUUCAACAAGCAAGUCUCGCUCCUAGGCAAUCCUCGCCAGCGCGUUGCAAUCAUCACACAAAUGAUCUCAAGUCAGAAGGAAGGACUUGCCCAUACGGACAUAACUCAGCUCCUCAUCCUCGGGAAAAGUAGCAAAGCAACCGAUUCCCGCGACAAGAUCUAUGCCUUCUAUGGUAUCACACAUUUGAGGACAUUUCCUGACUACUCGACCACCCUAGAGAGGCUGUUCGUAGAUAUCGUCCACAUGUAUAUAUCUAGUGUCCAGUGGGAGGCCUCCUACGAAUCGUGGCAUGACCUCACUCCGAAGCGGAAGGCCUUUCAGCUUAUGAGCAUUUUGUAUAGUGCGGGAAAGCUACAUCAACAUUGCAAACUACCUUCCUGGGUCCCUGACUGGACUUUCGCGUGGCAUUUAGCCCCGAUUUGGUGCAAUGCCACACCGCACUUCGUGACUGGGUCUGGGAAAGAUGAAUGGACGACUGGCAUACGCACCGAACAUCGCGCUGGCGGAAGCAAUCUCGAAGAUUUUGAGGUCAAAGAAAGCAGCGGUGGCAUGCACCGGCUGAGGAUAUCGGCAUUGAUUGUCGAUACCAUUGUGCUGACCAACGAAAUGAUACCAGCUCCAACAUCAGGCUCGAGUCAGGAGCUUUCUUCGUCCCCUAUUCAGAGCAGCGGGAGGAUGUCUGAGUUGCCCACCUUGCGGUUUGGGCGACACUUCUUCACGACAGCGAAAGGCUACACUGGUCUUGCUACACCUGGAAUCUCUACUGGCGAUGAAGUGGGAAUCCUUCUAGGUGGCGAUGUCCCUGUCAUCAUGCGGCCGCGUCCAGAAGAUGAUACGAAACGAAGAGCAUACCAACUAUUGUGCGAAUGCUACGUUCAGUCUCACGCCGUCAUGUCUGGCGAGCUGCUCCGGACGAGUCGGGCGUUGGCAGAAGGCAUUGCCUUCGUCUGA